AUGGCUAGAAUCGGAGAAUUCACAUACGAAAACACGCUAGGUGAUCUCAACAAGGAAAAUUCGAUUUUGACGUCGGAUGUACAAAUCGUCAAAUCAGCUAUUGGAGAGAAGGCUAUUUUGACUGUCCGCAACACUAAGACAGCACAACCAGGAAAACCGCAAAAAAUCAUUGUGCAUAGUUUGAACAACAUGAUAUGUCCUGUUUUAGCGAUCAAAAGAAGACUGGAUGAAGCAAACGGUAACGACAAAUCUUUAUUUGGAUUCUAUCGAGAAGGCACAAGACGUCACUUAAUGAGGACAAUUGCUGUCAACAGGAUCAAAUUAGUUUUAAGAACGGGAGGUUUUGAAGGCCUACUUGGCCAUUGUCAGCCUCUGGGUAACUAA